AUGCCCGCUUACUUCUAUCACCUUAGCUUGCAACUUCUCCCCCACAGUCUAUCCGACGCGCCAGGCUUGCAGGGAUCCUCUCUCGCGCUACAAUCCGCAUGGGAAGCUCUCCAGCCAUUCCAACGGAGCCGGCCAUCAAUUUCCAACCGCCUAUCGCCCGGAGAUAAUAAAACCCCACUCCCAGACCACAAUUUGGCGCAUCGACAGAAAGUCAUAUCCACCCUCUCCACCCACAGCACUCUCACCCCACCAGGAACCACCCCCUCCGCCAGCACCUCCACUAGCUCCUCAACCACCACUCUACUCGAAGACGACAAGCGCUUCGGCGCCGUCUCCAUCGAGUGCAUUGACAUGGUCACUCCAAAGCACCCGUCCAAGCGCACCUCGAAGCGCGGCUCCAUAUCCACCACAGAACCAGAAAACCUCGUUGCCACAGGCAUUGGCACCGAUAUUCUAGGCGGCCUUCGCACGAAAGGCAGAUACAUCCCACUCGAUUACGAGCUUGCCGACAGUGUCUGGGGAAUUGUACACCUGUACCGCGACUCACAGGAGACGCCCUACCUCGCAAACGAUGACGAGUACCCCGCCUACCUGAAGGGCUCCUCAGCUGCGGCCCGCCAUCCCGGUGAGCAGCAGGCUACGUUUAGACAGGGUCUGGCCGGUGUCGGGGGUGCUAAACAACCUGGGACGGCGGGCCUUGCGGAAUACCCUUUUCCUGAGACGACUUCUUCCUCUGUGCAGAGUCCAGAUGAGGAUUGUACGACACUAUGUAUCCUUGCUGUGCCGUCUUAUCUGUCGCCACCAGACUUUUUGGGGUUUAUAGGACAGAAGACUAUGGACGAUGUCAGUCAUUUUCGAAUGAUUAGGACUGCGCGUGCGAAUCGGUAUAUGGUUUUGAUGAAGUUCCGGAGCGGGCGAAAGGCAAAGGAAUGGCAGAAGGAAUGGAAUGGCCAUGUGUUUAAUAGCGUCGAGCCCGAAACCUGCCAUGUUGUUUUUGUGAAAACGGUUGAAAUUCAAGUCGUGGAUGCCGGAACACCGUCUGAGCAGGACGCUCUCUCUUCUAACCUUUCAACUCCUUCUCGUCCCCCAGUAUCUUCUACCGGACAAGCAACGCUCACCGGCAAACCUCUCGCACCACCUACCCCUGCAUUAAUCGAACUACCAACCUGCCCAGUCUGCCUAGAGCGAAUGGACGAAACUACAGGACUCCUAACAAUCAACUGCCAACACGUCUUUCACUGCACAUGUCUCCAAAAAUGGAAAGGUAGCGGCUGUCCCGUGUGCCGAUACACACAGGACGACUACCGCAAAAGCAGCGCAUCCAUCAAAUCAGACGGAGAACCUCAAGAAUGCAGCAUCUGCCACUCAGAAGAAAAUCUCUGGGCCUGUCUAAUCUGCGGCACAAUUGGCUGCGGCCGCUACGACAAUGCCCACGCCUUCGCCCACUGGAAAGAAACAUCCCAUGCUUUUUCCAUGGACCUCACCUCCCAGCGCGUAUGGGACUACGUAGGUGACGCCUAUGUUCACCGCAUCAUCCAAAAUAAAACAGACGGAAAGCUCCUCGAACUACCUGCAGCAGACCACAGCGCCCUCGAUCCACCAGACUGGGGCGACGCCGUCCCCCGCGAGAAACUUGAAAACAUGAGUUUAGAAUACACUCACCUUCUCACCAGCCAGCUGGAAAGCCAACGUGCGUACUUCGAAGAAGUCGUCGAGCGUGCGGUCGACAAAGCCUCGCAGGCUAGUGCCGCCGCCGCCGUAGCAGAGGUUAAUGCUUCCAACGCCUGCUCGCGUCUAGAAGAAAUACAAGCCAAGUACGAUGCCGUGACAAUUGAGACCCUGCCGUCGCUUGAACACGACCGCGCACGUGCAGAGAAAAGAGCAGAGAAAUUCGAGGCACUGGCGCGUUCAUUUGAGAAGGGGUUUCAAGAGGAGAAGGCUAUGAACCGAAAUAUGUUAUUGCGGUUGGAGGGGCUUUCUAAAGAGGUUGAUGAACUCAAGGCUGUGAAUGCGGAUCUCGCGGACCAGAAUCGCGAUUUAACGUUCUUUAUUAGCGGCACGCAGAGGUUACAAGGGCAGGGUGAGGAGGUUGAGCAGGGGACUAUCUCUGUACCUGAGCCGCCGACUGCUUCAAAGAAGAAGAGGAAGGGGAAGGGGAAGGGGAAGAGGUAG